AUGAGUGCUGAAACCAACAUCACAACUGAUCAAUAUUCUCUUCUUGCCUUGAAAGCCCACAUCACUUUUGACCCUCAUGGUGUCUUGGCUAACUGGUCCACAUCUACCUCCAUUUGCAACUGGAUUGGAGUCACUUGCGGCACUCACCACCUACGAGUGACAUCGUUGGACAUUUCUAACAUGGCUCUUGAAGGUACUAUUCCUCCACGCUUGGGUAACCUCUCCUUUCUCGUUCUUCUCGACCUUAGUAACAACACUUUUAGUGGUCAUAUGCCAGAUGAUUUAGUUCAUCUGCGUCGAUUGAAAUUCAUAAAUUUGAGUUUUAAUAAAUUUGGUGGUCAGCUUCCAUCAUGGUUGGGUGCCUUAACUGAACUGCAACAGUUAGUUGUUGAUAACAAUAGCUUUAUAGGUACAAUCCCACCUUCAUUCUCUAACAUGUCGAAGUUAGAGACCUUGGUUUUAUCUUCCAAUUUUCUACAAGGAAUGAUUCCACGAGAGAUCGGUAAUCUUCAUAACUUGAAGAUUUUGGACAUGCAAUCUAACCAGCUUAUAGGCUCUGUGCCACUCACCAUCUUCAACAUCUCGUCACUGAAAGUUAUUUCUUUUACAAGCAAUAGCAUAUCUGGUCAUCUUCCUAUGGAUAUGUGUCAUCGACUUUCAAACCUCCAAGGCCUUUAUCUAUCUCAGAACCAGUUCCAUGGUCAAAUUCCAUCAAGUUUAUAUGAGUGCUCAGAACUUCAAACUCUGUCGCUGUCGAUUAACAAAUUCAACGGACCCAUUCCUAGAGGGAAUUGGAACUCAACUGUGCUUAAGGCUUUAUCUCUUGGCGAUAACAACUUCAAAGGUGAAAUUCCAUCUUCCACGUUUAACAUCACUUCUCUGAAAAGGCUUUAUCUUUCUGAAAAUGACUUGACAGGGAACCUUCCAGCAAGUAUAGGUGACAAGCUACCCAAUCUUGAAAUACUUGAUCUGGCAGAUAAUUACCUCAAUGGAAUUCUCCCCAACUCUAUCUCAAAUGCUUCUCAACUCAAUAUUCUAGCUCUCAUCUGGAACGCAUUCACUGGUUCAAUUCCCAACUCACUUGGUAAUUUGGUACGACUUCAACAACUAAGCCUAGGAAUGAACUAUUUCGUCAGUGAAUCUCCAGAAUUGAGCUUCCUCAAUUCUCUGACUAAUUGCAGGCAACUGAGAAGAUUGUGGGUAGGUGAUAAUCCUCUAAAUGGUAUCCUUCCAGCUUCCAUUGGCAAUCUAUCCACUUCCCUUGAAUCAAUAGAUGUGAAUUAUUGUGGAAUCAAGGGAAACAUUCCAGAUGGAAUUGGUAAUUUAAGCAAUUUGGCGUUCUUGCAUCUUUAUAACAAUGACUUGAGUGGGCUUAUUCCAACAACCAUUAAUGGGUUAAGAAAACUUCAGGUAUUAUAUCUUCAGGACAAUAGAAUUCAAGGAUCCAUUCCAGAGGAUCUCUGCAAUUUACUAAACCAGGGUUUAUUGGAGUUAAGGAAAAAUAGUCUUUCUGGCCCCUUACCGGCAUGCUUAGGGAAUAUUACUUCCUUAAGAUAUCUACAUCUACAUUCUAACAGAUUAACUUCCAGCAUACCAACCUCCUUUUGGAGCCUCACAAAUCUUAUGCAAUUGAACCUCUCCUCAAAUUCUUUAAGUGGCCGUCUACCCCCAGAAAUUGGAAACUUAAAGGUCGCUAUCCUAGUAGAUCUAUCAAUGAAUCAAUUCUCAGGUGAUAUUCCAAGCACGAUUGCAGGUCUGCAAAAGCUGAUUAAUCUAUCUUUCGCCCAUAACAGAAUACAAGGGGCUAUUCCUGAGUCAUUUGGCAACUUGUUAAGUUUGGAAUUCUUGGAUCUAUCCCGGAACAAUCUCUCUGGUUUGGUCCCCAAAUCAUUGGAGGCACUCGUGUAUCUUAAAUAUUUCAAUGUAUCUUUCAAUAGAUUGAGAGGAGAAAUUCCCACUGGAGGUCCAUUCACAAACUUCACACAUCAAUCUUUUAUGUCGAAUAAAGCAUUGUGUGGUGUUCCUCGUUUCCAAGUCCUGCCAUGUGAUAAUUCACUUCACAAAUCGAGGAAAAAAAGGGUACGUCUGGUCAUAUAUAUUUUGCUCCCGAUCGCUUCAAUACUGCUUGCUUUGAUCUUCAUAUUUGUUUUCAUAAGACGCCGAAAGAGAAGAAAUAAAAUGCCAAUUCAAACAGAUACGAUAUCUGCAAUUACACAUGAAAGAAUUACAUACCACGAACUUCUACGAGCAACCAAUGGAUUUGGAGAAAGCAACUUGCUCGGAAUGGGGAGUUUUGGUUCAGUUUAUAGGGGUAUCCUAGUGGAUGGGACUAUUUUGGCUAUAAAGGUCUUCAAAUUGCACGUAGAAGGUGCUUCCAGGAGUUUUGACAUUGAAUGUGAAAUACUACGCAACAUUCGCCACAGGAAUCUUACGAAAGUUAUCAGCAGUUGCUCUAACCUUGAUUUCAGAGCCUUAAUACUCAAGUACAUGCCUAAAGGAAGUCUUGAAAAGUGGUUGCAUUCACACAACUACUUCUUGGAUAUCAUGCAAAGAUUAGACAUAAUGAUAGAUGUGGCAUGUGCAUUAGCCUAUCUCCACCAUGAUUACUCAACCCGUGUGGUUCAUUGUGACCUCAAACCCAGCAAUGUCCUUCUAGAUGAAGAUAUGGUUGCACAUGUGAGUGACUUUGGCAUAGCAAAGUUCUUAGGACAGGGGGAGAGCAUUGCACUAACGAAGACUCUAGCCACAUUUGGGUAUAUCGCACCAGAGUAUGGACCGGAAGGACUGGUAUCCACAAGGUGCGAUGUCUAUAGUUAUGGUAUUAUGUUGAUGGAAACAUUUACAAGAAGGAAACCCACUGAUGACAUAUUUGCUGGAGAUAUGAGCCUCAAGAGUUGGGUAAACCAGUCCCUGCCCAAUGCAAUAAUUGAAGUUAUAGAUUCCGACUUGCUAAUGCCAGAGGAAGCACACUUCACUGCAAAGCUGCAAUGUUUAUCAUCCCUCAUGGAACUGGCUCAGAAUUGCUCUGCAGAAUCACCCCAUGAGAGGAUCAAUAUGAAAGAUGCUGUAGUAGUACUCAAGAAGAUCAAACUUCAAUUUCUCACAAAUUCCGACUCCCAAGUGUAGCUCUUCAUGACGGGGUGGCCAAAAAUGCUUCACAAACAGCUAGAAAAAUCAUCUGGGAUAUUUCUGAUAGUCUGGAUCUUAAUCUGCAGGAAGAAGCCAUGGCCUGAUUCUUCUUGUUGUGUAGAAGUUAAAACAUUUUCCUGCUAUUCUUUGAGAUUUUGUUGUCUUCAUUUGGUGAAUGUGUUUUCCUUUUACUUUGUUUUUUAUCUGGUUAAUUCUGUUAGGCAGCCUUUUUGGAAGUGGUUCUUCAAUGCUGCCUGUCUUGUUGGGGUUUUUCCAUUCCCCUGUUCUAAUUUGCUCUGGUUUGAUAAAUGGUAUUUUGGGAAAAAAAAAAAAAAUGUUGACAUUCUUGAUGAUACUAUUCAGCUAUAUCUCCAUUCUUGACAUCGAAUUCGCACUCAGCAUGAUAGAAUUACACCAUGGUGCAUGAAAAUAGCCGUUAUU